CCGGCAACCUUUUCUGGUCAAGGUUUCGGAAGAGAAGAGGAAAAAUAAAAAGACCAUUAAGCUCAGGAGAGAUAGAUCGAUAGAUAGGUAGUGCGAGUAAAUUCGGGCCAUGGGGGAUUGUAUUUAUUGAUUUCGCUCAGGGACUUCAAAGACGUGUUGCCAUGGAAAAAGCUUUGGGGCCAACAAAAUGAAUGUCUAUCAUAUUCUUCUUCCUAUUGGAUUGAUGAUGAAAGUCGUGACUGGAUGAACUAAUGUUUUGAGAAGUGGAGGAGGAGUCCAGUGAGGAACUGAAGGACUAUUCAUGUGACAAAUUUGAAGAGGAACUAAAAGGGUAGCAGCAUAAUGACAAUGAAGAACAAGUAAAGGCUCCAUUGGAAGCAUCUUUCAGCUGAGAAAUCUUUUGUUAGUAAAGUUGAUGAAGUCGGGCACCAGCCAGUUUCUGUUCCUAAUAAUUCAAUUGAAAAGAAGAGCUUAGUGGAUAGAACAACAUGUGAGUCAGCUAUCAUGCAAGGUGUAAAGAAGUCCAAGCAGGUUCCAGAUUUUCAAGGGCAAUCCAGACUGUCCAUUGCAAUUGAUGAUAGUUAUGCUUCCAAACAACAGGGAUUUAUAGGCAAUUCUGGAAAACACAGGCAUAGCAGAUGGGAUAAACAGCCUGAGGGAGAUGGACAUACAAGUGAAGAUGAACGGAUUCAUAAAGUAAGAAAAACCCGGUGGGCUAGUGAUGAACCCAAAUUGAAAUUGCCUGGUUCAGUUAAGGUUCCUGUCAGGUUUGAGUUGGAUCCUGAAGUUCAGAAAUUAAAGGCUGUACUUUCAGAGAUAAAUGACAAGUUGCUGAAACCAGAACUUCAUGAUAAUAGGGCUGAACAUGAAAGAUCUCCUCCUCCCGAACCAUUGUACGACAACCUUGGAAUGAGAAUAAAUACCAGGGAAGUGAGGCUUCGCAAAAACUUGUUCAAAAACGUCUAGAUAUCAGAUCAAGGUUAAUUCAGAAAAACCCAAUUUGAAACAAAAACGAACAUCUGUUACAUGAAUACAAAGCUCUGUGAAAAGCUUUUCAUACUGGCGAAAGAAUAUCCUGGUUAUAAUUUUAUUGUUCUCAUCCUUGGUCCUCAGGGAAACACACUCAAGAGGAUGGAGAGGGAAGUGGGGCUAAGAUUCUUUUGAGAGGUAAAGGCUCAUCAAUAAAAGACCUUAAGCUUACCUCUGAGAAAGAAGAUUUGCAUGUCAGAAUAGAGGUGGACAAUAAAAAAUCAUCAGAUGCUGCAGUUCAAAUGGUUAAGAAACUGCUAAUCCCAGUUGCAGAGGGAAUGAAUGAACAAAAACAGGCCCAGUUAGCUGAGCUUGCAAAACUGAAGAAAGAUGCAAGUGGUUGCAAUGUUUGUGGUGAGAAAGGCCACCAGCGAUAUUGCUGUCCUAGCCUUCUCUCUACUUUCAUGAGCAUUUCCUGUGACACCUGUGGCAGCAACAGCCAUCCAACAGCUGCCUACCCUGUACCAACUCAGAAUAAACCAAACAAAAGAGUUGAUGAUGCAAGUCUUUACGUUGGCUAUCUACCUCAAGUUGUGGAUGAAAACCGUUUGAAAGAGCUGUUUUCUCCAUUUGGUAAGCUAACUGAAGCAAAAGUGAUCAGAGACCAAACUACAGGUUUAAGCAAAUGCUAUGGCUUUGUUAAAUUUGAAAAUCCAACAGAUGCAGCUGCUGCUUUUUCACACUUGAAUGGUUAUAAAAUGGAUGGAAAGAUGCUGGCAGUAAGGGUGGCUGGGAUUAAACCGGUUUUAGGACACUCAGUUGGGAACCCUCUUACACAGAAUCCUGGGCCUGCAGCAGUUUCCCAAAUAAUCCCUGGCCAUGUUGCUUGGCCUGUCCCUCCUGGGUCAUUGAUACCAGAACAUCAAGCUUCUUUUCCUCAAGGUGAGGGCAUGAACUUGUUUCAGGCAUCCUGCUUUGCAGGGAAUACUCAACUCCUGCCUAAAAGUCAAGUCUUUAGGUUUUAACUCUGCACCUGGCAUCUCAAGUUUCCAUGAUCCAAGCAGUAUUAGUGGCCUGUGUUCAAAAAACAGUGUUUCACUCUCCUAAUCGAGUUCAAAUACCUGGUUCCAUGGCAACAAAGUUUAUGGUAGUUCCCACUUUGAGCCAUAUUUUAACAAACCAACAUUGGAAUCAGCUCCAGCAUUACUUCCCAGUCAGACACAAGAGUGGAAUUUGCAACCUAUUCCUGGGCCAACAAGUCAUCGUCCACAUUAACAAACAAGCCGGUCAAGGCUUUCAUCAACUUGCCAUAUGUUUGCUGUUCCAAGCAGUGGCACUGAAGCAAAUAUCAUUAUCUUUUAUGAAUGAUAUUUCAUUUUCCCAUUUUUUUUGGUUUAGACAAUGCUUGAAUACGUACACAUUGUACAGGGGUUUCUAGUGACUUGGUUAAUGUAUAAACUUUACUUUAUGCCUACAGUAACAGGCUGAUGUUGUUACAAUCUAAUUUAUUCCUCAGUUGCUAAUAUUAAGCAUUAGUUUUCUACUGUAAGAUCUGUUUACGCAUAAUGGGAAACCGUUUAUCCAGGAUAGUCUCUGUCCAGGGGGCUGGAUGGACUUUGAAUAGUAUUUCUGUGAUAAAUUGCAAAACUAAUCCACCGGAAAUAAAAAUAAUUACAAUGAGAAAAAGGAGAAUCAUAAAAUUGAUUGCAGCAUGCUUUGAGAAUUGCUGAAACUCGAACGGAAUGCAACCAUGUCAAGAAGUCCAGGAGCUGCAGCUGUCCUGUAGUCUGUUAGGUAGAUUUUAAAACCCCCUGGCCACAGCAAUUGUUGUCGAGUGGUCUGUUCCCUGGAUUUCAAGAACCCCCUACAUCUUAUUUCAUAUUCCAGUAUGAGAAUGCAUUUCUGAAGGACUGGCU